CUAAUUAUCAGAUCUAAAAAAUGAAUAUGAAUAAUAAUUUUAGUAUAAAGGAAAAUGGAAUAAUAAUAAAUUAUAGUGAUGCAACAAACAUAAAAAUCAAUUAUCCAAAUGAUAAAAAAGUUAAAAUAUCAAAAGAUGGUUCAAAACAUAUUAAAAUUGAUCAUAUUACUAUUGAUCAUUAUAAAAUUCAAACCAAAUGGUUAAAGCCACUUGGUAUUGCUAUCGCAAAUUAUUUACGACAAAAAUACAAUACUUUAAUUACAGAAGAUCAAGAACAUCUUUUGAAUUUUCCUAGUGGUUACGAAUUUUAUGAUUUUAUAACGUAUAAUGAUUCAGAAUUAAAAACUAAAGUUCGUACGGAUAAUUAUUUAUUCGGAAAGUAUAGAUUUCGUUCAACUAACGAAUUUACGCCACAUUUAAUAUGGAUUAUAUCAGAUAAAUCUGAAGAUUGUAAAUGUUGUUAUUGUCCAAUGAAUAGUCGUACUGCAAAAAAGAAAAGAGAAUUGGAAAAUUCCGCAUCUACACCUUUAAAUUUUACAAAAAAUAUUAUUAAAAAACAAAAGAUAAUUAAGUCUUUUUCGUCAUUACUUUCUAUUUCCACUUUACCAAAUAAAUCCUUUCUAAAUAAUAAAUCCUAUUUCAACAAUAAAUCUUUACCAACAAUCUCCUUUAAUUCAAAUUUUACACCUAAUACUUCUUUAACAAAGAAUAAUUUUUCUUCGCUUACUCCACCUUAUAAGGACGAAUCAUCUUUACAAAAAGUUUCAUUUUAUUCACCAAAUAAUCCUCAAAUAUCAAAAAUAUCUUAUUAUUCUUUAAAUAAUAACUCCUCUUCUCAAGUGAAGCAAUCAGAUUCGCUUGAUCAAUUAUGUAAAGCACAAUAUAGAAUAAAUGAAGUAGUUUGGAUUUGCUUAUUAAGUGAUGAUUCAAUGGAAACUUUUGAGAAUGUCAACAAAGUUAUUACAAAUCAUAAUGCUAGAAUUCCUUAUUGGCCUGCUCUUAUAACAAAUUCAACUUAUAAUAAUUCUAUUUCAAAAUUUGUAUAUACAGUUAAAUUUAUUUAUAUUGUUGUUGAAGAAAUUAUUGUAUUAGAAGAUUAUAUUUCUCCUUUAUCUUUUUCUUUGGUAGACAUUACAAAUAAGAUCCUAUCAAAACAAGUUAAAGUUAUUUGCCAUUCUCACUAUAGAUACCUAGAAGUAAUUUUAUGUAUUACUUAUUUAAAAAAAACUUAUACAUUAUAUUCUCCAUCAUUUUAUGAUGCUGAAAAAAAUUUAUAUCACUAUAAUUCCAUUUUAAUUGGAACAGAACAAAUUAAUUUAGGGGAUAUUGUUAAACUUAUAUCAACAACUGAUUUAUUUAUAAUUAAAGAUAUUAUAAGUAAUUCAAAUAUGGAUAAUAUAAGAUUUAUUGGUUAUAAUAUGUUAGAUGAUAAUAAUCAACAACAUAAUAAUUCACAAAUAUCAAUUACUUUAAAUCAAAUUGGUGGUAAAAAUUAUACUAGAUUUUCUAGUAUACAACAUGAUGAAAUAUCAAGACAUAAAAUUGAUAUAAAUGAAAGGGAAAAUUUAUUUUCAGUAAAAGCAAAUGAUUACUUUAAAAGUAUUUUACAUAAAGAAUUAAAUAUAGAGAUUAACUAAUUUUUUUUUCUUUCUUUUUUUGUUA